GUUUUAUUGCUAAACUAGCCAAUCGCAUCAUCCACCACUUUUCAACGCUAUUUUUUCACAUGUUGCUGCCAAAAUCUGGUCCUAGCGCUGUAUUAGCGGCCCGCGUAGCGGAUACGACUACCAGCUACAGCACUAGCGCGGCCCAAACAGAUCCCGCUCCUUCGUCAAUUUUCUUUAUCUAGACUAGACGACCCAGGCUGACAGAGGCAAGACGGUGCGAGUCAUUCGUCUUGACUCCAACGACGCUCUGAGGUAACGGCACAAACUCGUCAGCAUGGACGAGAAAUCUACACACAGCGAACCGCUGCCGCUCUGCGAUGCGACGUAUCCGGUAUACGCUGUGGAUAGCUACGGCCCCAAUCGCCUGCUGCUGUCGUCAUCGAUGCUCUUCAACGAUGUGCUCGACGUGCAGAUUGUCAAGAGCUCACUGGAACGCUUGAUCCAGAUUGGCGACUGGAGAAAGCUUGGCGGUCGCCUACAAGAAAAGCAUAAGGGAACGCUGGAAAUACGCGUGCCCGACCAAUUUACAGACGCCGAGCCAGCAUUUGCAUUCACACAUCAUACACACGAUAUUUGCUUCUCCUCUCAUCCCCAAGGAAAGCUGUACCCUCGUGCGACAGACGGCCCUUCUACCCAGCGCAUCGACUAUGCCGCGCUUAGCCCACUACUCAGUCCUCCAGGGCUCCCCAAGGACUUUGCAGCCAUGAUCAAGCAGAAAUGGCCGCAGCUCACACUAUUCAUCUCCUCAUUUCAGGACGCAACAUUUAUCUCGCUGAUUUGGCCCCAUACGCUGAUGGACGCGAGCGGCUUCUAUUCACUUCUGAAGAACUGGUCAUACGUCAUGGCUGGUGAGAUGGAUAAAGUCGAGCCUGUGCUCGGCGCAUCAGUAGAUGUACUGGCGCAGAUUGACACGGAAGCCAAUGAAAAAGCAACGCAUGUGUUGGAUCCCCUGUGCAUGUCGGCGCUGCAAAAGACAAUCUUUGCGCUGCGGUUCCUGUGGCGCAAGAUGAUGGUGCGCCAAGAGCUGCGCAUGGUGUAUAUACCCGAUGCGGUAAUGCGGAGGCUGAAAGAUCGCACAGCCCAAGAAGCCAAGGACGCCGCUGAAAAGGGCGACCAGGAUGCAUUUAUUAGCGAAGGCGACGUUCUAGUUGGCUGGCUAAUGCGUGCUAAUGCAGCUGCGCAUAGCCACCCGAUCACGUUGUUUUCGCUGGUCAACGCGCGAUCCCGCUUACCUGGCACUUCUAAGGCAGAGGGUGUUUAUAUCCAGAAUAUCAUUGGAAUGGUUUUUAUUAUGUAUUCAGCAGAAGCUUUGAAACGAUCAGGUGGCAGCAUUGCUUUGAAGCACCGGCGCUCUCUGGAGCCACAGUUGGAUGGCGACCAGCUUGCCAUGUACAUGCAAAAGGUGCGAAAGACGGCUGUCGGAGGUGGCAUACCGCCGGUUUUGUACGGAGAUUCGUCUGCUGUACUGGCCGCCUCUAAUAAUAUUGCAAAGUCGAGCCCUUUUACAGGGGCUGACUUUGGGCCUGCUGUUAUCCGUGCUGGAGACAAGUCAAAAGACAAGAAGAAUCCUCCUGGUACAAUGACCGUCUAUUAUAACUGCAUCGUGGGACCAGGCAGUGCGCUCCCCGGUAUAUUUCUCACCUGGGGAAGAGACCACGGCAGAGGUCUAUGGUUGACGGCGUCGUUGUCCUCGGAUCAGUGGUCAUGGUUAGAGAAGGACAUGGCAUCUCUUUCAGAGGGAUAAACGAGGUUUGACUUAUUCGCUCACAAUGUUCAAGGGAUAUAUUUGCAUUUGUAUAGUUUUGUUUUCAUAGGCGCGCAGGCGGAAAAGUUUAGAAGCAUAACCAUCAUGAGCGGAUAGAGACGAACGAAAAUAAAUCAUAAAUUCUAUAUGCAAGUGUGUGUGAAACGUUAUAAUACAUGUCCUAUCGAACAGGAUAGAUUGCAAGUUGAGCCUUAUUGAGCAAUAUCUCUGCACUUGAAAGGCGAGUGGGUGCUGUUGUGAAUCUGUGGCAUGCAAUGUUAGUAUCCAUCUCCUUGUCUUGUAACAAUAGUUGGGGGCGGCGACUUACAAUAUCUUCAAUAGUGGCAUAGGUGCCAGCGACAAGGGUGACGACACCAAUGAUAAAGGCCAGGAUGCAGCCGAGAGAGAUAAAGAGAUUCUUGCGAGAGAAGGGGUUGCCUUCGCAGAGCAGGCGGAACCACAUAAUGGCAGGAAUCCAGAAAGAGAAGCCCGACACGAAGAGGGCAGAGGCGAGAGAGAGCAGGUCGUUGAAGACGGGGAUGGCCUCGGCAAUAACCCACGCAAUGACGGUGAAGAUGACGACCUCGACAAGCCAGACAGUCCAGCCGCCAGGGGUCUUGAUGUACUUGACGACCGAGUUCUUCCAGAUACGGGCGUGCAGGUAGCGCAGAGCGACGGUAGAGUUGAUAGAACCAGAGAUGAAGAUGACGGGCAGAGCGACACCAAAGGCCACCUUGGCAAUGGUAGGGCCAGCAGACAACAGAGCAGGCGACUUAACAUCGACACCAAUAAAGGCAUAGCAGAGGGCACCAGUCAAGGUGUAGAUGAAGAUUUGGAUAAUGCCCGAGGCCCAGAUGGACUUCAUGAAGUCGGUAGGGGUGUGCAUUUCGUCCAUGAAGGAGAACUGGCCAAUGGCGAAGGAAAAGGCAAAGAUGAUGUUGCUGACGGCGACAAAGGCCUCGGAGAACUUGAGGUUCUCCUUGGGCCAGGCAGACCACUUGACAGCCUGCAGACCACCAUCAGAGACAGCAGCCUGGUGUCCAGUGGCAAUGAUGGUGAUACCAACAGCAGCGACAAUGGAGACAAAGUCAAUGUAACCGAGGAUGGCAACCUCAGAGAAGGACGGCGGGAUGGCGAGCAGCAGCAGGACAAUGGCGGAGAUGGCGGAAAAGAUGACGGAGCAAAUCUUGCCGUCGGCGAGGGUGCCAAUGGCAAUGGCGCCAGUCAGGGCGUGCGAACCAACGACCAUGACAAGCUCCAGCACAAGCGCGGCACCAAAGAUCUCGUAGCCAAUGCGGCCAAAGAGAAGACGGCCAGCAUCAGCGUAGUUGGCGGUCUGGGGAAAGGCCAGCUUGACGCGACCAACAAUGUAGGAGGUGAAGAUGGCGACGAAGCCGAGGCCGACGGUCAGCAGGACACCGGGGACCAUGCCGAGCGUGGCAAAGGACUUGGGGAGUGACAGGGCACCGAGGGCAAUGGCCUCGACAAUGGUGACGACGGCAAGACGCUUCCAGCCAAGACGGUGGAAGUGCUGCUGGGACGCUGUGGCGAUUUGCUCGAGCUGGGCCGCGUCCAUGUUGCUGACGGUGGCUGUCUCGAUGUCAGCGGCACCGCUGGCGCCCUUGCUGCCGCCAUUGGCAAAGUCUUUGACGGCGGGCUUGUUGUUGUCGGCAAAGAGACCGGCAGAAGGGGCGGUUUCGUCCUUUGGUGCCGUGCUGGACACGGAUGUGCGAUGACUAGCAGUCAUGAUGACGUUUGUGUAUGUAUCUGUGUUGUAUAUGUGUGUAUAUGUGUGUAAGGGUUGGGAGGGAGUAUGUCGCGUGUUCUGUAUCCGGGUUGGGGUAGUCUGGUUGAAGAGGAUGAAUUGAUGUCGAAGAUAUGGUUCAAUUGGCUAACUCAGGAGUGUCAAUGAAUGAUGAAGAUGAUGUAGAUGGUGAUGAUAUCAAUGACGUACCAGCCUGUAACCAAAAAGAAAACAAUCAAGUUGUUGGGGCUGUAUGUAUCUCCACGAAAGAACAAUGGAGAGAAGAAGAAGAAGAGUGUGGAGGAUGAAAGGAGGAGAAAAGUAAACAGACACAAGGGUAGAUUUAGAACUACUUCGUACAGUUCCAUUACUCGGGGCCUACCCCAACUUUUGCGCCCUUUUUUUUUCUUUCCCAGUCACGCGGAGUAAAACCGUUAAACUUUUUUUUUCUCUAGAUUUUUUCCGCUUGCAAGCGUUUCUUGCCCACGGAAGCCGCUAUCGCCCCACCAAAAACAGCCUGGAGAGCGCAUUCGGCAGCCUGGAAGCGGAGCCCUGCAGCCACUGACAGAUGCUGUGGCCCCGCCGCCACAGGGAACCACAGGGAAAUAAAAUGGCCGCGCUACAGGGGGCAAGCCACGGCAAGACAGCGCUGAAGAGGGGCCUUACAGUGUUGAAAGGGGAAAACAGGGCGCGCCGCGGCACCAAGGAAAAACUAGAAGCCUUCCAUCAGGGUUCGGUGGGCCCGGCCCCGUAGUCGGAGCACUGGCUAAGAUACAAUGAAAAAAAUUGGUACGGGGUAAUAUGCAGCUUAUUCCAUUGGCGAGAUUAUUCUGGAUUUUAAUACAUGGGGGUUUAUCCGGCGCAAUAAAUUCAUUUCGCCGUGCUGUGCUGAUAAGUAGGAGCUUGGCUUGCUCGCCGGCCGAAUCCGGUAAUGCCUGAGGUUGACAAUGUGAGACAAUGUCUCUCUUGUCACCAUCGUGCAAGAACGUCGAGAGCAGCCAGCCACAGCCACAUCGAAGAAAAACGAACGCCGCCCUGCGCAUGGCUGCCCUAACCCGGUGGCUGCUGAUGUUUGCUGCUGGGCUGCCGCCGCUCUUUUGCCUAGCUGGGCUAAAGCCGGGAUGGCGUUGCCGACGGCAAUAGUAAAGGCUGUGGCGAUACCGUCGCCUGAAUCUGCUUCUCAACUACCACCGCCGCUGCCGUCAUGGCGAUGCCUUCGCUGCUGGCGUGAUUUACCCCCACAGAUGCUGCUGCUGCUGCUGCUAAUGCUGGAGACACAGAGCGCGCAUCCUUCUCCGACAACCCCUCAUCCCGCACGAGACACGCAGCCACCGCACACGCCGCGAGCAACGGCGCAUACACCACAAACACUAUCCGGAUGCCCUGCAUAUAUGCCCCCAGCACAAUCUCCACCUGCCCCGGCGUCAGGCCCAUGUUCUCGAGCCCGUACGCCGCCGACGCCGCCUGCUCAAUCGCCUCUGCUGGCAGCACGCCGGUAAGCCGCGCCUUGAGCACGUUGUUGAGCACCGCGCCCGCCAUUGUUAGACCGACUGUGCCGCCGGCCGUCCGUAGAAAGUUGCGCAGCGAGCUCAAGACGGCCCGGUCAGCACGCCGGCUGUGCGAGAGCAGCGCUACCAGACUCGGCUGGAAGCAGCCGCCGGUACCUAGACCUUGCACGAAGCCCACGAUGCAAAUCACCCACACGGGUGUCGUCGCUGAGUAAAAGGCCUGUGCGGCAGCUCCAGCUGCCCACAGGAACUGCGAGGCAAUCAUCACGGGGUUGUAGUGGCCCGUCUUGGUGAUGAUGAGCCCCGACAGGAUGGAUCCAAUUCCUUGCGUGGCGACCAUGGGCAGCAUAAUGGCCCCCGCGGCAAUAGCCGAGUAGCCGCGCACCGUCUCCAGGUACACGGGGACGUAGAAGAGAUUGCCCCAGAAGACGAUGCCGUAGACAAAAUUUUGCGCCAAGACAAUGUUGCACGAGUAGUCGGAGCGGUACAGAUGCACUAAUUACAACCAAGUCGUGGUUAGCAUGAUUGGAACGUAUAAGUCGGAAACAGCAAGCAGCAAAUGAAAAGAGGCGCUCAGCCAAGGCAAGCCACGCAGAUGAAUAGGGCAACUUGUAAUCUCGGGUCAUUGCUCGGCCUUGGCUUGUCACGAAAAGAAUAAAGCGCACGCCACGCUUUUCAUAAAUAGAGAACAGAACUUACAUGGCAUAAUCGGCAGGGCCGCGAAUUUCCACUCGACGGCCACAAACAGGACCAGCGCCACAGCGCCAAUCGUAAGCAUCGAAAUGACAAUGGAGCUGUUCCACGCAAAUGUUGAGCCGCCCUUGGACAGUGGAAUCAUGAGAAGCACCACUGCAGCAAUGCUAAUCGCUAGCCCGGCCCAGUCCACUAGACGCAGUCUCGUAGACAGCUUGCCGCCCACUCUGCUAGGAGGCAGCACAUACCAGAGCAGCGCAACCAAGGCAACUAGCCAUGGGACAUCGUACCAC